ACCAAUAAGCUUUAGGUGACAUCAACUCUGGGCGGAACUAUGCGUAAUUCGACGCACUAUAAAUAUAUACUGUACAGAAUAUACCACAGACUAUCGUGUACUGACAGGAGGUCGAAGCUACAAUUACUAGUAUGCCCGUUCCCGAGGAAGUUGACCUGAUUUACAGUAACAAAGAGAUUUCUGUAAAUGAAAUGACCAGACGACGAUUUGACAGUACCAGUUCUUCAGAAAAUGAAGAGUUCGUGGACGCCGAGUGCGACUUUAUUUCCACCGGUGAGCUGAUGUCCUCUACCGAUAGGGAAAGUCUUGUGGAAGGCGAUUUCCACCAAACUGGCAGUGAUUCUGGAGUCGAUAGUUCCAAUGCGUCAGAAGACUUUCAAGCUCCUUCUCAAGAGUUGGUGAAAAAAAUUGUCAGAGAAGUUGAAUUUCUUUUUUCAGAUGAAAAUAUUCUGAGAGAAAGUUUUCUUUUAAAACACAUCAGAAGAAAUAAACAAGGAUAUGUGAGUCUGAGGUUAGUUGCUUCAUUUCGAAAAGUAAAACGUUUGUCUAAAGACUGGAGAAUCGUAGCUUACAGUUUACAACAGUCUGAAAAUUUAGAGUUAAACAAAGAAGAAACUAAGGUCAAACGAAAACUUCCACUACCUGAUAAGAGCGACUCCUCGGUAAGGAGUGUUGUAGCGUAUAAUUUACCAUCAGACCAUCCCACAGCUGAGAAUGUUAAGGAACUGUUUUCUAAAUGUGGAGACAUCGCAUUCGUUACGAUUCUGAAUCCUGGUAACAAUAUCCCAGCAGAUAUUAAACGGUUCCUUCCCAGAGUAGGCUCUUCAGUGUGCGCUGUCAUAGAAUUUACGAAACUCGAGGCCGCAAAGAAAGCUGUUGUUGAAUUGGACUGCAGUGAUACCGACUGGCGUUCUAUGAGAGUUGUUCCUCUUGCAACAAACAAAUCAAAUAAGAACGAGUUUAGUGAAAAGAUGAAAAAAGUAGACAUCGGUGAUAAAAGAAAAAAGAGAGACAAGUUAAGUAGGACUGAACAAUGGAAAAGUGAAACUUUAAACAUGAGUGUUUCUAAGACAGAAAGUUGCCAAGGGAUGAUGCAAGGAUUGGACUGUACUUCCAACUCUAGUUCGGAUUUCUUGACCUCAUCCACGAAACCAAUCAGAUGGAUUAAUCGCCGAAUACAAAAAGAAAAACAACUCUUGAAUCAUGCAAACAAUCAUGAAAGAAAAACUAUUCUUGAUGCAAACAACCAAGAAAGUGCAAAGUGUGAAUACGGGGUUUAUUCUUCUCCUCCUCGAGCUUCUUGGAUGCAGCGGCGGCGAGAAACUGGGACGUUUGUUCAAGUCCAUAAUUCCAGGUUAAUUCCAGAAGGAGUGAUCCGUCUUCCACGUGGUCCUAGCGGUGCUAAAGGAUUUGAUUCGAGGACUUUGAAGUCUGCUUUUAACACUCGGGUUAGCGUGUGCUAAUUCGAUAAUUUCUUGUUGUGUGUUCUCAUCCCUCCUCUUUUGUCUCUUCUUUCUAUUCUGAAGGUACAUAUGUGGAGGUUUUGGUUCUGUAAGAUAUUGUACAAAAAUGAAAUAUUUAUUUCUAUUGUUUUUGAUGUAUCAAAAGUUUUUGUAAGAACAUGCAAUUGUAUGAUCGCAUAUUUUGUCAAAUAAAGUUUUGUAUACAAUA